UAACAGAAGAAGAAGAAGAAGCAGCGAACACACGAAGAAGAAAGCAGUCAACCCUCGUGAAGCGGGAACUGACAGCUCACUAUCAUGGACUGGGGUCAGAGUUUGCUGCCGUCCCCGGUGGUCCGAGAUGACGAGGUGACGGUCGCAGCCCGCAGGAGGAGGAAGAAGGUGGCCUUCCCGUCCCCUGGCAGCGGCAGCCCCGUCAUGUCCACGGUGACGCCAGCCCGCUCCCUGCAGAGAAACACUCCUGCUUCACUGUACAGACAGGCUGUUACUCCCAGGGUUCCAGAUGUUUCCGCCAUUUUGGCUCCUGGAGGUCGAACGCCUCGAUACACACACACACCGAGAGGAGCGCUCAGCAGUAUGAAUUUAGAUGACAGUGAUUGGACAAACAGCAUGUACACGUCCCCGCUGUCAGGUCUGGAGAACACCAGCUUCUUCACUGAAGACAUCGCCAACCUGAGCUCAGCGCUGCUGAAGGAGGACGAUCCAGGGGAGGCUGCUGCUGCCAGCCUCUUCCCAGAGUUCCUUGGUUCCUUUUUGAAACACUCAUCCUCUGCUGUGUUUGAGCUUCUUGAGGAUUACCAGAAUCUCUGCCAGGACAAGGUGGACGUGCUGCAGUCGGUGGUCCUCAGAGCCGGUCAGAACAGUAAAACAGCCGGAGUCCGUUGGCUGCUGCUGCAGGAGAACUGCACCUGGAGACUCAUCGCCUCUCUGUACAGGGAUCGAAUCCAACUGGCGAUGGAAGAUGAUAUGAUGGCAGAUAUGGUGGUUCCCAGUGAGAGCGAGAAGAUCGUGGUGGAGCAGCUCUUUCAGCGGGAUGCUGUUAUAAGACAGAGUCAGUUGGUCGUUGAUUGGCUGGAGAGCAUCGCCAAGGAUCAGAUCGGAGAUUUUUCAGAUAAUAUCGAAUAUUACGCCAAAAACGUCUGCUGGGAGAACACCCUCCAUGCGCUGAAGAUGAGGAGGAAGAGCGGGACUGCCUUCACCGUGCCUCUCGUCACUGAGCUGGACCCUGAUGCUCCUCUCCGGCAGCAGCGCCCCCUGGCUGACCUAGACAGAGAGGACGAUGCCCGGCUGCUGAAGAACCUGUUCACUCUGAUCAGAGCGGGGAUGACCGAGGAGGCUCAGAGGCUGUGUAAGCGCUGCGGUCAGGCUUGGAGAGCUGCAACUCUGGAAGGCUGGAAACUCUACCACGAUCCAAACAUGAAUUCAGGCAGUUCUGAGCUGCAGCCUGUUGAAGGAAACCCUCAGAGAGGAAUCUGGAAGGUCUGCUGCUGGAGAAUGGCUGAGGAGGAACAGUUGAACAGAUAUGAGAGAGCGAUCUACGCCAGCUUGAGUGGAAACCUCAAACCGCUUCUUACGGUGUGCGAGACGUGGGAGGACUGCGUGUGGGCGUAUUUCAGAGUGAUGGUCGACUCACUGGUCGAAAAAGAUCUGAUGUCAUCAGGGAUGGCCCACCAGGAAGUGGAGACGCUACCACGGGAAUACCUGGAGGCAAACUGGACAAUGGAGAAGGUGUUUGAGGAGCUCCAGGCCUCAGAGUCAAAGAGAGUGCUGGAUGAAACUAAAGAGCACUACCACAUCAUUCAGAAGUUUGUCAUCCUGGGAGACCUGGAUGGUCUAAUGGAUGAGUUUUCUGAUUGGCUGGCAGCCGCUAAGCCCCUCCCCUCUCACCUGUUACGUUUCAUGACGCACCUGUUGCUGUUUUUCCGCUCUCUGGGUUUGGCACUCAAGGAGGACGUCUGUGUGGAUGUGCUGAAAGCGUACGUAUCCCUCCUGAUUCGGGAUCAGCAGACCGACCUCGUGGCCAACUACGUCAGCCAGCUGCCAUCUGAGCUCGCCACUGCUCAGUACGCCGCCUUCCUGGAGACGGUGAACCAGCCGGAGCUCCGCCCCCGCUGCCUGCAGCUCGCCACAGAUGCUGGUCUAGAUGUGGCAGCGAUUGCGAAGCUGGUGGUGGAGACAGUGAGGGAGAGAGACGAGACAGAGUUUACUCACCACAGCCAGACGCUGGAGACGGCCACUACUAAGGAGGACCUAAGGAAGAUCGAUGUGAUCGAUUGGCUGCUGUUUGACCCCGCCCAUCGAGCUGAGGCCCUGAAACAGUCCAACGCCAUCAUGAGGAAGUUUCUGGCUCUGCAGAAACACGAUGCAGCCAAAGCAGUGUUCUCAAAAGUCCCUGAGGAUUCGAUAAAGGAGAUUUACUGUCAGUGGUCAGGUAUCAGUCAGGCCACGCCCCCACCGGCUGAGGAUGAGAACGCCAUCAGAGAGCACCUGUGUAUCAGAGCCUACCUGGAAGCUCAUGAGGCGUUCACUGACUGGUUCAGCCACAGCAGCUCCACUCCCCAGAAACCAGUCCCUGCUCCUGAGGCUAAAUUCACAGAGAGAGUCGCCAAUGAGAUGAGAGAGAAGGAGUACCAGGCCUCCCUGUCUGCCUGGUCAUGUCGUCUCGAUGUUUUGACUGAAGACGUUAAAGAGAGAAUCUACAACGUGCUGCUCUUUGUGGAUGGAGGAUGGAUGAUCGACAACAGACAGGACUCAGAGCAGGAUUCAGUUCGCAGCCACCAGAUGGCGUCUCUGCGGUCUCUGUGUCUGCCUCGCCUCAGCUUCCUGUUGCUCAGCGUGCUGCAGAACUCCUCCAGACACCAGGAGGCGCUGCGACUCGCUGACAUCAUCUCAUCUGACCAGCACCGCCUCUACCAGGUUUUCUCUAAAGAGGAGCUGAGGAGGUUUCUGCAGAAGUUGAGGGAGUCGUCGCUCGCUCUCUUGGACCGAGGACUCGACCCGCUGGGCUACGAGUUACAGCCCUAACACACGGAUAAAUACACUCAGCAGACUCUGAAUCUCUGCUUUAUUUUCUGUUUGUUUGUGUCUUUUUGCAAAAUUAAAGCUUGUUUGUUUCUGUA